CCGGCCGUAAUUCAGUGACGGACCACUUCCUGUUGUCAUUGUCGCUGGUCCUCACGUGUGUGGGGUUUUCAAAAUGCCGAAGUCUCAGAAAGGAAGAGAGAAGGAGAAAGUGGUUCAUCCGUACAGCAGGAAAGCUGCUUAUCUGGCCCGAGAGGAGAUCCGACUGAAGAAAAAAGACAGUCGGAAGACUGAAAAAGCUACAAAACUGAAUAACAUUGGUGAGAAGCUACUGUGGUUUCAGAGUCAGCUGGAUCCGACAAAGACGACUUACACAAAAAAAGAUGCCUGUGAAAUCAUUGAAAGGUACCUGCACAGAUUUGAUUCAGAACUGGAGCAGAUCGAGCUAGCAAAUGGGAUCAAAGGUCGGCAGGGUCGUCUCCACGGUGCCAGAGAAGCCGUCAUCCAGCAGACCAUCGAGAGGGAGCGGGCACAGUUUGAGGGCGCCGGCUUUGAGAUUCCUGAUGUCAUCAAUUCAAAGCAUCUGAAAACCUUCAGAGAAUGGACUGGAGAUCUGAAGAAACUCCCAAAUAUUAAACUGCGGAAAGUGUCCAACAAAGAUGUGGACAAAAAGAACGAAGAGGAGAAACACGAUGCAGUGAAUGAAGAGGAAGAAGAGGAGGAUGACGAUUUGGGUGAUGAAGAGCUGGAUGACACGCUCCUCAUGUCGGACUCUCCUUGAAGCCUUCAAUAUUCGGUCGUGACUGUAUGAGAGCUACGAAACAGCAAAUUCAACACAGACUUUAAGCAACGUGUGUUUGUGUUGCGUGGUCUGAAGCGUCCAGCAGAGGGAGCUGCAGUGGAGGAGUAAAGCUUGAUCAAACCAGCCUUCUGAUGCUCGUGCUGCUCAGUAACUUCACACCGGCCGGUCAAGGGUUUCUACAUUCAUUGUUUAUUGCACAGACAAAUAUGUACGAUGUGUAACCUGAAUGUUCCACUUUUAUCCAGAGAAAAGGGGGGAAAAAAAUUCAUAAAAGAUGUUUGUGGCUCCAAGAUAUUUUAAACUGUAGCUUGAGAGUUCGGGAAAAUCUCAAAUUGAACCUGUAGAAAAGUGGACAAGUGUAAACAACAAUCGCCUUCGGCAGAAUGACACCGAAAACUCCUUCAAACUAAUGUAAAAAUAUGAACAGAUGGCAACUGUGAAAACUCUACUUCCAUAAAUGACCGAUCCGAGCCGAUCCACAGUAAACUGCAAACUGUCAAAAACAAAACAUCAUUAAACUUCUGUCCCUCUACAGUUUCUAUAUAUUAGAAAAUAGCUUCAGCUAUGAGAGUGAAUAAAGAUUUCAAACUGAG